CUGCAAUGGCAAGUAGUCUUGAAGGCAAAGUUGUGACUAUUGAAGGAAAUAAAUACCGGGUUUCAAAGAAGGUAGCAUCAGGGGCAUUCUCUACAAUUUAUGAAGGCUCUUCGGAUAACCUAAAGGCAUCAGUAGCUAUUAAGCACAUGGCAUUUAAUACCUCAAAUAAAGCUGCUUAUGAGUCUUACGUUAAAGAGGACACUAUCCUUGAGGAAAUAAAAGGGCAUCAAAAUCUCAUCAAGCUUAUCGACAAAAAGGAGGCUAUCUGUGGUCAAGACAUUGAUGUGAUCUUCAUCUUCGAGUAUUGUCUCAGUAAUCUGGGUAAGAUUAUUAUGAAUCGUAAAAAGAAGGGGGAUAGAGGUCUACCAGAACAGUUUAUCCUCAAGAUCUUAUUUGACAUCACUAAGGGUAUUAGUUACCUUCAUCGAAGUGAUCCACCCAUAAUCCAUAGAGAUAUACGAAUUGAGAACAUUUUAUUGGGAAAUGAUGGAAAUUACAAACUAUGAAAUUUUGGUAAUUGAACUAAGAAAGUUUAUUUCAAGGUCACCAAAGAAGAUAUGGGGAAGAUCCAGUCUGAGAUUACAUAUUAUACACAGCCAGAAUAUAGAGCACCUGAGCAAUUAGACUUUUACUCUGGAUAUCCUAUUGGAGUCAAGAUCGACUCAUGGGCUCUUGGUGUAGUACUCUACCAAAUGAUGUAUUUCAGAAAGCCAUUCGAUGCUUCGGAUAAGCAAAACCAGACUGAUGGGAUUGCUUCGUACCCACAAACUAACAAGUACUCUUUAGCUCUCCAAAAACUAGUUAAGAAAUUACUGACAAAGGAUCCAGCUGAUAGACCAUCAGCCAACCAAACCUUCAAAGUUAUCGAAAAUAUCCAAUCACAACUAAUGAGUGGCAACUCGGCUGACAGGAGAAAAGACAUAUUCUCAAAUAUUGACGAAGAAGAAAGAAAAGAUGACUCUUCUGAUGAAGAAAGAAAGAAAUACAAAACUGCAUAUUCAGAAGAUGAUCCUGAAGAUUAUAUCUAUGGCAAAGCAAGCCAUUUGGACACAACCGAUAAGGACUUUAGAGGCUUUGCGACUAGAGUUGUGGAUACCCUAUCAAACGGCACAAGAGGGUGGGUCAGAUAUGCCACAGAUAACUCUAAUUUCCCACCUAAAAUUCAGUUCUUAGCUAAAUUGGUGCUCAAAGCCUGGAGAAAGAAAGAUAAGAUUCAUAAGUUCUACAAAAAUCUAGACCAAAGAGGGUUCGGUGAUAAUACAAUCAUCGCCCUAAAAUCGCUAUGUCUUCUUCAUAAGUACAUGCUAUGAGGGCCAUCUCCACAAGCAGAAGCAAGAGAAAUUUUGGUAAAGAUUUAUGAGGCUUGGGCAGGAAAUAUUAUGAGGAAAAGGAAAGGAACAAAAGACGAAUAUAGAUCUGACAACUUUAAUAAACUAAUUUGAAUCUAUUCUGAGAUUAUGAUAGCAAAAUAUGACUUAUUCGUAGCACACAAAAAGCUAUUCAGCCAAUGUUUUAACCUUGAUAGAUAUUUUAAAAAUAAAGAUAGUAUUGAUGGAAGUCCAUUAGCCCUGAAAGUUAUAAGAGCCUUGUUUAAUUAUUGGAAGCAGCUAACUGGGAUCCAUAAUAGGUUAACACAAACUACAUAUCUGAGGAAAAUUAUAGCAUUUAUAACAGUAUCAAUUCUCGAAGAAGAAUAUCCUUUGAUAUGCUUAAUAACUCAUCUCUAUCAUGCUUUUAAAACCACUGUGGUAUUAAACGGAGCUGAGCAUAUGCUUAAAGCUGACAUGGAGAUACUGGAUGACAAAUUUAUUCAAAAUUAUGCCUCUUCCUAUCUCUUUUAUCAAAAAGCUAUCAGAAUUCCAGAGCUAAAAGAUGUUCGGCCAAAAUUGCCUUAUUUCCCUCUGAUACUUAUCAAGCAUUUUAAACUGAACAGUUUUCUAAAUGACUUGAACAUAAAAGGUGACAAGAAGGAUAUAACAACUUUCUUGAGCGACUCCAAUGAUAUAUGAGGCUUGAGACUUCCUUUAGGCUUUGAGAGCACAAGAUUGGUUAUUCUUAGCGAAUUCACCGAUGAAGAUUGUCAUUUCGAGCCCUUCAAGAAUUAUAGAGGAGGGGAUAGAGUUUUAAGAGACUGCAAAUAUCCUUGCCCAACUAUCGAUUCAAUCCUUCAGACCUUACCCUCCAAGAGGCGAAAGAGUCAACAAAGAAGAACUAGACAGGAGAAUUUAGAUGUAAGACUAGAAGUUGAUGAUGAUGACCAAGAAAGCAUCUUUUCUACUGCCUUUAACUACGACACUAACAAAUCUAAGAACCUUCAAGGCCAAGGAGAGGAAAUUUCUAUUCCUGAUGACUUCAUGUCAGAGGUCCAAAAGAUGAUGGAUAAUCCUCAGCCAGCUCAGCAUGUCAAUAUAUUUGAUCACGAAGAUUCUAAAGUUAGAGAGGAAAAUAAUAAUGGUUUUAACUUUGCAGAAGACCUUGUAGAUUUUGGAGCUAGCCCAAAUGAUGACCUCAUAGAUCUUGGUAAAAAUAAAUCAGCUCAGCCAAGAUCAGGAUUUCCAAUGAAGCAAAGGGGUAGACCUUUCAACCAUCCUUCAAAUAUGAUGCCAUCUUAUAACAUGCCUCCAUUUGGAAAUAUGAAGACUCCUCUUGGAGCAACUGGUAAUUUCAAUCCAAAUAUGAACAAUAACUUUGGAGGGAGGCAUACUAAUCACCCCGCUGGUAAAAAUUGGAAUUCAGUGCACAAGCAAAAUCUUGUCCAAAUGGGAGGCAGCCCAUUAGAUAUGAAUAUACAAGAACACUCUUCUAAGAAGAAAGAGUCAAAUUUUUCACCCUUUGAUUUCGAUUUACUUGAUGGUAACAAUAAUUAUGCCAGUGAAGAUUGGUUUGACAAAAUUGACAAGAAAGAUACACUUAAAGCUACAGAUGGGACUAAGGAGAUAGGGAGCCCUGUGAACAACGAAGACAGUUUUCUGAUAGAACUUACCCAACAAGAGCCUAGCCACACUAAUGAUAUUGAUUCAAGUCUUGAAGAUCUGAUAGACUUAAACCAGGACUCUAACAAACAAUCGUCUGCCUCUCAAUCAGCUUUAUCAGGGAUCAACCAAAUCUCUCAAAGCGAGAGGGAAUCAAAAGACUUACAGAAGGAGAUUGCCUUUAUUGAAAAAGAACGGGAAAUCAAUAAAGAGCUCAACUAUAUCAAAGAAGCCAAGAGGCAGAUAGAAGAAGAACGAAUGAAAUUUGAACAAGAGAAAAGAGAAUGCCAACAAAUCCAAUACGCUAAAGAAAUGAGACUGAAAGAAGCCCAAAAGAAAAUUCAAUAUGAACAGAAUCACUUGGUUAAAGCUCAGAAACAAAGCCACCAGCGUGAGCAGAUAUAUGCCAAGAUGGAGAAGGAUAAGUAUGAAGAAGAGAAGAAGAACAAAAAGAGCUCCCUUGAAGACCACUACCACCUCAAAAUGGAAGAUUUCAAUAUCAUUGAGAAAAUUGGUGCAGGAGGAUCAGCUAAAGUCUAUAGAGGGACUUAUAAAGAGAUCGAUGUUGCUAUUAAAAGACUUGACAUCGAAUCUAUUAGUGCUGAAAAAGCCAAGAUUGAAUUCAGAAGAGAAGUACAAACUCUGAGUAAGAUCAGACACCCCAACUUAGUCUUAUUUAUCGGAGUUGCUAUGGACCAUAAGAACUUUUGUAUUGCAACCGAAUUCUGCUUUGGAGGUUCAUUGUUCGGCCUCUUACAUAGCAGCCCACAUAUUGAUAUAUCUUGGGAGCAGAAAAUCAAAAUCUGCAAAGAUGUUGCACUAGGGAUGGGAUAUUUACAUAAUCAUUUCGAUCCUCCAAUACUACAUAGAGAUCUGAAGAGUUUGAAUCUUCUCUUGUCAGAUAAAGUUGAAAAUUCAUCAAGCCAUAUUUGUACUAAAAUUACAGAUUUUGGGCUUUCAAGAGAGACAUCUAAUGAUAUGAUGACUGAAAAUACAGGGACUUUCCAUUGGAUGGCUCCUGAAGUCAUGGAAGGUAAGAAAUAUACUUACAAAGCUGAUGUAUUCUCCUAUGCUAUUUGUUUAUAUGAAAUCAUCGCUAGAAGAACUCCUUAUCCUCAAAUGACAGGCGCACAGAUAGUUCAAAGUGUUGUUAAUCUCCAAGAAAGACCAGAUAUGAGCGCCAUUCCAGCAGAUUGCCCACCCGCAUUGAAAUCCUUGAUGAUAAAAUGCUGGGAUCAAGAUCAGGACAACAGGCCUGGAUUUGAAGAGAUUAUUAAGACAGUCAAAUCUAUUAAGCUCUAAACUUAACAAAAUUAGGACAAAAUUCAAUUA